UAUUAAAGGUGAAACUUAAACCAGGAUGGAGCAACAACAAGAUGUGCCAUUUAUGAGGUCAUCAGCAACUGUGAGACGGAAACAAAGCCUGCAAGAGUCUCACAAAAGCUCAUCGCCAGAGAAGGCCGGGCCUAGUUUUGUGGAUCUUCUGUCAAGUGGUCCAUUUACACAUGAGCCUAAUAAGUCUGCCUUCAAAGUCGGGGUGCGGUCAGACCUACCAGAGCCAAGCAAGCUGCGCACGAGAGCCAAGAAGGCUGGCAAGAUGAAGAGACGAAGACAAUCGUGGGACAUCAGUGAGCACAUUGCCCAGCUCAAGCACAAGUGCUUGGACUUUAACUGGGGAAAACCGACAGUUGAAAUAAAAAACAAGCACAAGCCAGAGGAAGCCAUGGCUACAGUCAGACGGUGCAAUCUCAAGCCUAAGACGUCAGACUCGAUGACCUCAUGGGUACCCUCGCACGUCAGUGUCCACACACAUGGGCGUACUGCAUCCUCCACUUCCGGCUUGCAUCUUGUUGAUGACACUGAUGAGGAGAUUCAGAGAUGGGAUGCAGGGGCUGGGAUCAGUCAUCUUGCGUCAGAAGAUGAUGAGAUUCCGAGUUAUCUGCAUCCUCCCAGCAAACCGAGUUUUCAUCAUCAGCAGCAGCCAAAGAUUGCUCAGAUUCCUGAUGUUCCCUCUUUUCCAGAGAAUCCAUUCUUCCAAAGCUACUUGGAUGACGAUAAAAACUUGACAGCGACGUCUAGCUUUGUGCCUGCAACCUCAUCAGAUCACAAUUCCAGAUGGGACAAAUUCAUCACUCAAAAAGAGUUCUAAUAGCAUACAGUAGCCAUCUUUGAGGUUUUUUUUUAUUUUGAAUAAUUCUCAUUAAUAAUGAAUACACAAGAGGUCUGCUCAAUGCGUGUCCCUUAGAAACAAAAGCCAUACCUCAAGGAUGGAUACAGUGCAAAGAUCUAAUUAAACUGAUACCCCCCCCCCCUUUAGAAUUUGGAUUUCUCAAAAGUCAUAAUUUUCUUUUAAAAUGAGGCCCAUUAAUACUUGGGUCCUUCAAAGCACCAUUUACAUACUGUCAAAUGAAAUUCAAUUGAAGAAAAAAAGGAUUUUCACCUUUUUUUUUUUACAAUAGCCAACAGAAUCCUUAUGGAAUUUUUUUUAUUUAUAUUUUUAUUUUUUAAAAACUAUUUAUGCCCCAUUCUCAAUCCAUGCCAAAGUUUACUGAAGUCACACUGUACACAGUUUUAUACUGAGAACUUUCUAGUUUGUCUGUAGGGCUUAUUUGUGGUCAACUAAAUUUUAAAGGGCUCGAUCCGACACACACAGGUUAUUUUGCUCUUGUACAGAUUGUAUGAAAGCAUACAUUUUGAGGAUAUAAUUUUAAUUUUCGGAUGAGUCCAAUCUGGAGACACUUUUAAACAGUUAGAAGAAAGUGCUGAUAAUCUUAAGAGAUAUUUAAUUUUUAUUGCUGCGUCACCAUUUCAAAAGUUAACAUGUUCUUAGCUGUGCUUACUGCUUACAACCUCCGCGAAAUGCACAGGGCUCUGUCAACAGAAAAUUGAGUGCUUAUUUUUAGCCCUGGAGUACAAUACAACAAAUAACAAGCGAGAAUCAGACAGAAGUAGUAACAUUCU